AUGGGAGGACAUCCAGAAACAUCGGGAGAAAAACAUGAAUCAGAAGAGUUAAACGAAAUUCUUCUUCGCUCCGCGCCAACAACAACUCCAUCCGUUGUAUUCGUGAUUAUGUUUUCGAUUACUACACUUCUUUUGGCAUAUAGAGGUUUAGGAACACUACGAGCAUUCUAUCUGCGACUUUUGUUGUUCUCUCUGACACGCGAUAUUACAUUUAUGUUUCGAAUGGCAUGGUCGAGUAGUCAUUCUGAAACUCAGCAAAUCGCUGUAGCCGCGGCAGUUUUUGAAGUUGGUGGUACUUUUCUUGUGUUAUGGGCGGUAUACACGUUACUUGAAGAUUGGAGACUAUUUCUAUUAUACGGUGCACCAAAUUACAAGAAACAAGGGAGAAAAUUGUUGUUUUUUAUUAGAUUUAAUGUGAUGAGUUUCUCGGCGCUAUCUUUAAUAGCGGCAGCCAACGAGUACAGCAGGAAAAUGAAAGACUACGAUCUUGGAGUUCUAUUACGAAAAAUCUCAAUUAUUGGAUUCACUGCCAUCCUACUCCUAAUUCUCGGCUUGAUCCCAUAUUACGCAAGCACAAUCCCGGCCGUAUACCAUCAUAUUGGGGUUCGGAAUAAAAUAGCAUUGCCGUUAUUCGUGGGUCCGUUAUUACUACUAAUUGGACGCGUGUACCAGAUAGCCCUGUAUUUUUCACCGAAGUUAUCCGAUGUGGUUCGUAAUCAAUGGUGGUAUUAUUUGUUUGUGACUACCCCGGAGGUGCUGCUGUGUUUCAUGUAUGGGAUUAUUAAUUUUGAAAAGUUCUUUUAUUUGAAGUAUGAUGAACUUGUUAAUGAGGAAGAGCAUAAAGGGGGAGAUGAAGGGCAUAAAGAAAAAGUUACGGCUUCGGAAUUUUUGUCGCAGCAUUAA